AUGGUGAUAACCAACGACCAGUACAAGCGCGUUAUCUUUGUUACCGGGUCCAACAAUGGGAUCAGCUACAAGCAUGUCCGACUCCUAGCUGAGAAAGGCCACACCGUUCAUCUAGCGUCCAGGAAUGAAACGUCUGGAAGGGCAGCACAGGCCAACUUGAAGGACCAAUACAACCUCAACGUCAAAUCGGUCCAGCUCGAUGUAACAGAUGUUGCCUCGAUCCAAGCAGCAAAUGAUACCAUUGAGAAAGCAGAAGGAAGAUUAGAUACACUCAUAAACAACAUAGGUAUGCUUUGUACCUCUUCCAGACUAUCUAUGCUUAUCAAUUCUGGACAGGUAUGA